ACCCGGUGGCACCGGACCUCUGGACAAUCCGCUUUGACAUGGCACUUGCGGCCCGGUUAAAGUACAAAAGACACCUGGUAGUAGAUAUGGGUGAAUACGGAUUUGUGCAAUUGGAAGUCGCCAGCACAGACUCGCCCUGGUGUAGUCAGUGCAGACGAUUCUUCCAUUCUGACUCAGACCCUUCAUGCCCACGAAAUGCCAAGUACAAAGAGGCGGUUACAAAAGGCACGAAGGGCAAGGAGGUAAAGGAGAAAGAUGGGGGUGAGAAGACAGAGGUGGAUAAGGAAAGGAAGGAGAAGGGAACAGAGGAAAAGGAGGGGGAAGACAAGCAAGAGAAGGAUCCGGGCACAAGAGAGAAGGAGGUGGUGGUGGUGGUAGAGAAGGAGAAAGGGGGGGGAGAGAAGGAGAGGGGGAAAAAACACUCCAAACCUCCAGAAAAGCAGAAGAGAAAAAAGAAAAAGACCUCUCGUCAGCAGAGAGCAGGUCUGGAGUUGAGACGUCAGAAACGUAAAGAGAUAAAUAAGGGCAAGGCCCAUCAUGGAAGUCCCAGUACGGAAGGGGGGGGGUCCAAGUCAUUGUCCCAGCCCCCGGAGAAACUCCCCAUGAAGGAAGCGUGGAUUAAAAAGGUGGACGCCUCGAAAGAGGCGAAUAGGGAAAUGACAAAAAAAGAGGGGGAAGGGGGAGAGAAAGAAGAAAACGGGGACACCCGAAUGACGGAUGGGGAAGAGGAGCGGAGCCUGGUGGACUUGGUGAAGGAGGCAAAUAUAGAUAAGGAAGAGGAGGUACAGGUUCAACAGAGUGAAGAGCUACACCCAACGAAAGGGAAGGAGCAACAAGGGGAAGAUACAGAGGAAGAAGAAGGCUCGGAGGCCGCCAAUCAGAAGCUCCCCAUGAAGGACGAGUGGAUUGAAAAGGUGGACGCUUCGGAAGAGGCAAUCAGGGAAGUGACAGAAAAAGAGGGAGAAGGGGGAGAGAAAGAAGAUUAUGGGGACAACCGAAUGAUGGAAGGGGAAGAGGAGCGGAGCCUGGUGGACUUGGGGAAGGAGGCAAACAUAGAUAUGGUAGAGGUGGGACAGUUUCAACAGAGUGAAGAGCUACACCCAACGAAAGGGAAGGAUCAACAAGGGGAAGUUACAGAGGAAGAAGAAGGCUCGGUGGCCGCCAUUCAGGAUAUUGUUCCUGGGUGGGACAACUGGAACUUCGAUCAGGGUCAGGGCAAAAAGCCCCAGACCGAAAAUCCCUUUGCAGAUCAGAAGAAAAAGGCACAGAGCACGACUCAGAUUCCCCCGGAGUUAGGGAAAAUAUCGCUAUUGGAUGAUGAAGUCUCAAACAAGGAAUUGGCACUUAAAUUAGUGUUCAAUGCCUUGGAUUCCGCUAGCAAGUCAAGCUCGAAGCAGUCCAAGAAAAAGGCAGGUCGCAAGUUACAAGACCUGUCUCAAGAGGGGAAUCUUGGCUUCAACCCCCCUCCCUCUAAUGCGAUUCCAGCCAAAAAAAUGAGGCUGGCAGAUGAAUCUUCUCUACAUAGGGAGCAUUUCAGAGUAGAUCCGGUGCAGAGUACGGAGGGGAUUGUGGUUGUUGCCGGUCAACCAGACAAUCAGAUAGUGGUGCAGCUUCUCAUCUCUUCAAUGGCGAGGUUGGGUGAGUUGGAAGCCAAUGACUGGCUUGCCAUCGUCCAAGUGAGCAGAGAACGGGUGUGCUGCGAAGUGGCGAAGUUGAAAGCGAUGGUUGCAGAAAAGACAUUGCCAACAAUUCCGUGGAUCCGGAGUGUGAGGGAGAAGUUAUUGGAGACUGUGUGGGGGUUGGAGGAGGGGCCGCCCCCUCAUCUUCGUGCGCUCAUAGAUGGACCACGACUGGGCAGCGUCAUGCGGAACUACUACGAAGAUCUUGAGGAGUGGCAAGUACUUUGUGCAGAGCUGGAGGAAYGCUGCUAUGAGGAUGACAUCAUCUCCGUUGCUGACGACGCCGUCGACAUCGAUAGUAGGGAUAAUGGUGAUCGCACUGCCGCUCGUUUCAACAACAGUACUGACAGCAAAGAUAUUGGCGAGCUCACCUGCGAAGCUGUCAGUCACAACAACUACAACAACAACAACGACAACAACAACAACAGCAACAACGAAAAUAACAACAACAACAACGACAACAACAACAAUGACAAAAACAGCGAUUAUCGUGGUAUUGGUGAUGUAGCUUCCGUUGGCGCCGCUGACAACAAACAGAGUAGCGCGAGCAAUAUCGGUGCUGACGGCAACGACAAUCCCAUCAGCGGUGACGAUCGCAGCAACAACAACAACACUGACAAGCGCUAUAACGCCAGCGAAGAAGGCGAGCUCGUUGGGGGUGGGGGAGGGGUCGUCUUGGCCUUGGACCUCGUCGUCUUCGCGGAAUAGCAUACCGCUGCUUUUAUGGGAUC